CCAUACCCAAUUACCCAUAUAUAAAACUGUGGAGCUGAGAACUAGAGAACUAGGGUUUAUCUCAAAUUCUCAAUCAAGCAACCUCACUCUCCAUUUCAAUGGCAUCCAAAAACAAGAGAAAAAAGGCCAAGAACAAGAAUCAAAACAAUCUGCAAGGCGAGAGUAAACCUCAUUGUUUGCCGCCAAAACAAGAUCAUAUAAUUAAGACGGAGACAGAGAAGUUGUUUGAGAGGGUCAAGGCUAAAGUUGAGGCCCUCAAAGCUGCUAUAUCCACUAAUGCUGGUAGUAUCCCUUUCCAUGAUACGUCUGCCUCUACACCCGAGAAGGCAGAAUCACUUGAAAAGAAAAUUGAAAAUGGAGGGCCUGACGACCUUCAUGAUUUACCAAAUGUUUCUGAAAGAGCGGAAGUGACAGCUGACACCGACCCACUCCUUGUUAGUGACAAGGUACAGAACUUGGCAAAUAUCAAGGUCCCCCAGCCCGUGUCAAAUUCUGGAUCUGAUCCUAAAAUUUUAAAGCGUGAGAAUGACGACAAUACUGGUUUAAAACCGAAGAAAAAGAUGAAGAAAAAGGCCUCAAACAUUAAGAUUCAGACACUUCUCAAACAAUCCGACGAUUCUUCCCCGAUUGUCGGACUUGGUCCAGCCAGUAUCGAUCCAGUUAAGGAAUCUUCAGCUCAAGAACUGCCUGAGUGCGAGGUCCCCCAACCGGUGUCAAAUUCUGGAUCUAAUCCUAGAAUUUUCAGCUCUAAGAAUGAGGGCAGUACUGUUUUGAAACCGAAGAAGGUGACAAUGAAGAAAAAGAAGAAAAAAACAACAAAUAUCAAGAUUGAGACACUUCUUGAAAACUCCUCCAACAUUUCCCCGAUUGUUGGAUGCGAUCCAUCCAGUUUUAAUCCCGUUAAGGAAUCUUUAGAUCAAGACUUGCCUGACUGCGAGGUCCCCCAGCCCGUGUCAAAUUCUGGAUCUAUUCCUAAAAUUUUGAAUUGUGAGAAUAACACCACAAAUAUUAAGAUGCAGACACUUCUUGAACAAUCUGCCAACACUUCCACGGUUGUUGGAUGUGGUCCAGCUAGUAUCGACCCAGUAAAGGAAUCAUUAGUUCAAGAUUUGCCUGAGUGCGAGGUCCCCCACCCCAUGUCAAAUUCUGGAUCUAAUCCUAAAAUUUUGAUUAGCGAGAAUGACAACAGUACUGCUCUGAAACCGAAGAAAAAGACUACAGAUGUCAAUAUUCAGACUCGUCUUGAACAAUCCGCCAACACUUCCCCGAUUGUCGGAUUCGGUCCAGCCAGUUUCGAUCCAGUUACGGAAUCUUUAGAUCAAGAAUUGCCUGAGUGCAAGGUCCCCCAGCCAGUGUCAACUUCUGGAUGUGAUCCUAGAAUUUCGAAAUGUGAGAAUGACGACAGUACUGUUUUGAAACCAAACCAAAAGACCACAGAUAUCAAGAUUCAAAAAAAUAUUGAACAAUCUGCCACCGCUUCCCCGGUUGUUGCAUUCGGUCGAGGCAUUUUUGAUCCAGUUGAGGAAUCUUUAGUUCAAGAAUUGCCUGAGUGCGAGGUCCCCCAGCCAGUGUCAACUUCUGGAUGUGAUCCUAGAAUUUCGAAAUGUGAGAAUGACGACAGUACUGUUUUGAAACCAAACCAAAAGACCACAGAUAACAAGAUUCAAACAAAUAUUGAACAAUCUGCCACCACUUCCCCGGUUGUUGCAUUCGGUCGAGGCAUUUUCGAUCCAGUUGAGGAAUCUGUAGUUCAAGAAUUGCCUGAGUGCGAGGUCCCCCAGCCCGUGUCAGAUUCUGGAUCUGAUCCUAAAAUUUUAAGUUGUGAGAAUGACAACAGUUCUGUUUUGAAACCAAAGAAAAAGACCACAGAUACUGAGAUUCAGACAUAUCCUGAACACUCCGCCAACACUUCCUCGAUUGUUGGAUUCGGUCCAGACCGUUUCGAUCCAGUUAAGGAAUCUCUAGUUCAAGAACUGCCUGAGUGCGAGAAUAUUAAACUUGAAUCUUUGCGUAAAAAUCGAGAUCCUGUAUCAAAGAAGGAUUUGGAGAAGUCUAUUGACUCUAUUCCUGAGGAGGUCAAGGUUAAUAUUGUGGCUCACAAAGCUGCUGAAAACAUGAAUGCUCCUAAUAUCCCAUUUUAUGAUAUGUCCGCCUCUACACCUGAUAAGGCUUAUCCACUUGAAAAAAUUAUUGAAAAAGAGGAGUGGGACUGCCUUGGCGAUUUACUCAAUAUUCCUCGAGGAGCAAAAUUGAGCCCUGAAGCGUACCCAAGUUUUGUACGCAACAGAGUACACAAGCUGGAAAAGAUACAGGAUGAGCACGAGAAAAGGACAGUGGCUAGUGUUCUUCAGUACAUUACGCAUCUCAUCAAGUACAAAGACAAGCAUUUAUCGGGCUGUUACAACAAGUUUGUGAAGGAUCACAAAUUUCCAAGUAUAAUAGAAGAAAAGUUCCAAGCCAUGUUCAGUGAAUCAAGUUCUGAAGCUCUUCCACCUGCGAAAAGGGAAUUACUCGUCAACUAUGUGUUGGUGCUAUCACUUUUUGUCGAUGGUUAUAAGUCUAAUGCCAAAGACAUAACGAAAGAUCUGAAGAUUAAAACCGAAACAGCAAUAAAAUAUUAUAAACAGUUGGGAUGCAUACCUCGUCCUACGACAGCUGGACUUCUUGUUGAACUUCCAGUCCCAUUGAAAUUUCCAGUCCCUGAGACCAGCAGUACCGCUAAUUGAGCCACCCUUGGCCUUGGGUUGCAAUAACUUAAGUGCUAUUAUUUUUACAUUUGAUAAGCAUAAUUAAGGACAGUCAGACUUUUAAUUAUAUACAUUAUAAUUAGAGAACUGCAGUCUUUUGGUUA